CCAAACCUUCCAGCAAUGGCUUCCACUUCUUCCCUCAUUUCAUCUCUUACCCCUUCUUCAAAUUUCCCGUUUUGCCCCAAAACAAUUUCCCAAAUCCCAUCUCUACCUCAAACCGUCUCCUUCCCUCGGUUUAACCGAACCGGACCGAAUCCCAGUUCGCGCCUAACCGCCAAUGUCCAGUCCCUGGAGUUCUCGGGCUCGUUUUUCGAGGGCGGGUUUCAGUCGGAGGACGACCCGACUUCCCCGCCCGGGUCUGGCUUGACCGCCGUGGAGGAGAAGGAGGAACCCCCAUGCCCACCGGGGCUCCGACAGUACGAGACCAUGGCGGUGCUCAGACCCGACAUGUCCGAGGACGAAAGACUUACUCUUACCCAGAAGUACGAGGAGUUGCUAAUAGCCGGGGGUGGCAUGUACGUGGAGGUCUUCAACAGAGGGGUAAUUCCUCUAGCGUAUGGCAUCCAGAAGAAAAACAAAGCGGGAGAGUCUAACACUUACCUGGAUGGUAUCUACCUCCUCUUUACCUACUUCACAAAACCUGACUCUCUCGAAGUUCUUGAAGCAAAUCUCAAAGCCGACGAUAAUGUCAUCCGAUCGAUGAGCUUCAAAAUAAGGAAGAGGAAGUACUAGAUUAGUUUGAAUCUUUUGUCCAUCUCUAAGAGGAAGGCAGGAAAGAAAAAGUUGCGUGUACAAUGUAAUUUCGGAUGUUCUGAACUGUCCAUUCGUUCCUUCGUUAUUGAGUUUGAGAUCAUUCAGUUUGUUUUGUAACAUAUUUGAAUUAAUAGCCAAAGGAAAAUAUGCAGUUUCCAGAGUGAAA